AUGGAGAUUUCCAGGAUUACAGCCGGAUGCAAGGAGUUCAACCCAAUUGGUGAAGAUGAUUGCCCACUCUGCGGACCACCACCUUGGCAAGAAGAGUGGAAGCCUGAGAAGAAAGCAGCGGCAGAUGUUUCCGAGAAACCAGGCAACGAGGGCAAUCUGAGCGUGCACUUUGCCAGCCACCUAAGAUAUCUUGCCUUCCAGUCGCUGCGCUGGUGGGACGUCGACAUCGACGAGGAAGAAGACGAACCAGCCCGUUCUCAAGAUGCUGCUGGUUUCAACUCCAAGGGUUCAGCAGGAACGACAACCCAUGAAGAUUCAACAGCAGCCAACAUCGACUUGGACGAUGAAGAGUUGAAGGCAUUUCAAGACUCUCGGGCCCAUGCAGAAGAGGAAGAACUGCUAGAGAGGGAAAAGCAUAUCCCAACCCCCGCCACAGAAACGGUCAAGUCUUCUAUCGCCACUCCUGCCAGAAUGGAAACCCUGGGACUCUUUGAUUCACUGGAUGAUUUUGACCUCCGCAACGAGAUCUUUGAGGCUAUGCAUGAGAGCAACGAGGGCAGAAAUUUCAUUCCAGCGGAUGCAAUCAUCCGGCUUGCUUCUCGCGAAACCGUCAAGGCAGAGCUCAUGAACUCGUUCAGUGAUGAUUUAGUUGCUGGACUUGUCAACUAUGUGCUUACCAAGCCAGCCAUCAAGGUCUUUCUCAUCCUCGUCAUGUGCAAAAAUAUCAGUGCAAUGGACAAGAUACGAGGCAGUGGCUUUGGGGACCAACACCUGCCCCUGGAUGAACAAAUAAUCACUAAGGACGGCAAGCAACAGAGGCAGCUGCAGUCGUUGGGUCAACUUUCCGACCCUGAGCCAGUCCUGGCACCGCUGCGCUCGUGGAAGGUCGCUGAUCGUCGCGAGUUUCUGGAGAGGCAGUGGGCUUUCAUGGCCCCCGUUUUUACUACGAAGAAGUUUUCGUAUAAGCUUCACAACCGCUGCCCCUUGCCGUUCAUGCCGUUCACUGACGAGGAUUGGCCACAGAGCGCGACUUCUCGGGGCUUACAUGGUUCGGUCAGAGAGAUCAAGGUACAUGAGGCACAUCAAAAAGUUAUUCCGCAAAAGGAUGGAAAACCCAUACGCAUUGCUUUGAAGACCAUCUUUCCCCAGAUGAGCCACUACUUUCAGCAAGAGGAGGAAACAUUGAGCGUCAUUCAAAAUAUCGACCACCAGCACCUCAUCAAGCCAAUCGCCUCAUACCAAUACUACCACCAUGAGGAGGGCUGUUUCCUGCUUCCCUGGGCUGAGCGUGGGAAUCUAAAGGAGUUUUGGAAGACAGAGAAAACUCGCCCCCUUAAUGACUCCGCCAUGAUGGCCUGGAUGCUGAAACAGAUGUGUGGCCUCGCCGAAGCCCUCGGUAUUUUGCACGACAAAGGCCGCCGCCACGGGGAUAUCAAACCUGAGAACAUUCUUCUGUUUGAAGAAGGUGGCUACAAUGGCACCCUACGCAUCGCUGAUGUAGGGUUGGCAAAAUUCCACGCUGAGGCGACAGAGCGGCGCAUCCUCCUCCAGGACAGAACCACGACUAUGACAGGAACAACGCGAUAUCUAUCCCCCGAGUUCGUCCACGGGGAUCAGAUUCCCCGCGUCUUUGAUGUCUGGUCUCUCGGAUGUGUCUUUAUUGAGUUCCUCAUCUGGACGCUCCACGGAUACGAUCAACUCUGUGCCUUUAGAAAGGCCAGCUGUGACCACUUCUGGGAUGAGGUGCAGGGAACUUUCACCAUUCACGCCGAGGUACGCACGUGGAUCAACAAUAUCCAACAGAUCCUCCGAGGAUCUGAGACAGCUCUGGAAAGCCUUCUUGACCUGAUCCAGUCGCACAUGCUGGUUCUCAACUGGAAGGAGCGCAGUCCGAGUAUCGAUGUACAUGCAAUGCUCGCUGAGAUUUGCCGUGAUGCACAAAAUGACACCAGAUAUCUCAAUGACCCCGAGGUCGAGUCACGAGCUAGAACCAAUCCUCCCCGCUCCUCGAAAGCGGCCCCCCAGACACUCGCCCUCCCCGACAGGCCUAAGAAUUGGGUAGCCCCUCUCUCAGGAAAGCAAGGCUCUCUUGACGUCCAUGUCGCGGGACCAGAUGAUGGGUUCGACAGUAUCAGACCGAUGGUCGAGGAAACGUCCAGAGCCCAACAGUACAACAAACACACCUCACGCAUCUCACGCUCAAGAGCCGAUAACGAGUUUGCACGAAACUUGUUCUCCAACCCUGACUGGUCGCAUACGCAUCCAUCUCAAACUCCCUCCAAGCUCUGCCUCGAGUGCACAUCAUUGGACAUUUGGCAGCCAGGCUUCGAGUUUGGUGGUCUGGUUGGUGAUAUUAGGGCCAGGUCCAAGGGAUGUGAUCUCUGUCUCCUCUUUUCCCAAGCUGUUUCAGAGCUGAAAUUGGAAGACAGCGUGAGAUUUCUAAGUCGGCGUGUCGGCUCUACCAUGCAAAUCAUGCCAGAUGGUCCAACUAUUUUGUCGCUCUAUUCAGACCCUGAGCAACUUCCAGCCAGUCCAGAUGCCCAGAUUGGAUGUCCUAUUCUACCGAAGCCUGGUAGUUCCUCCCAGUUCGCCUUCAUCAAGGAGUGGUUACGCGUUUGUCGAGAGACACACGACCACGGGCACUUGCCUGGUGUGAGACUAAACUCGUCGGAGCUUCCCACCCGCGUCAUUGAUCUAGGGUCACUAGAUAAGCCAAAGCUCCGACUGAUCGCAGGGGAGGCGAUGGAGUCACAUGAGUAUGUCGCCUUGAGCCAUUGCCGGGGUAAGGGAAUGAUAUUCCGGGCCAUGAGGGAGAACAUUGAAACCUUAGCCAUGGCAAUCGACUUCCAUCGUCUCUCACACACCUUCAAAGAGGCUAUCAGGACGGCACGUGGGUUGAACGUGAGGUAUUUGUGGAUCGAUGCCUUGUGCAUUAUUCAAGAUGAUCAAGAGGACUGGAAGCAUGAAGCCGCCCGGAUGCAGCAAGUCUAUAGCAAUGCCACUUGUGUCAUUGCGGCUAGCUCGGCCAGUUCAUCUACUGAAGGUUUCUUGGAGACUCGACGAGAUGAGCCACCUUUCGCAACGCUGCGUUCCCUUUCAGGGGCUACUACCUAUGUCUGCAAGUUUAUAGAUAACUUUGCCCAAGACACGGAAGAGGCACCCCUAAACAAGCGUGGAUGGGUGCUACAGGAGAGAGCACUUGCACGACGGACCAUUCACUUUACCUCCACUCAGGUCUACCUGGAGUGUGGCGAGGGCGUGCACUGCGAGAGUUUGAUGAAGUUGGCUAGUGACAAAGUAGCCAUUUUGGGUGAUUCUGACUUCCCCAACUCUGUCCUCGAGUACUACAAGGGUGGCAGGAUCGUUCUCUCACAGAACCUAUUCAAGAUGUACUCCAGCCUCAAGUUCACCAACUCUUCAGAUCGGCCGGUUGCCAUAUCAGGUCUGGAGAAGAGACUGAUGUCAGCUUUCAAGACCAGAGGCGGGUAUGGCGUGCUCCAGGCCUUCUUUGAGCGUAAUGUCUUGUGGCAGCGACCAGAGUCGGGUUCCUUGGAUAGCAUUGCCUACCCUGCGGACCGAAAUGUGCCAUCCUGGUCGUGGAUGUCGUACGAUGGCAGCAUUACGUACGUCGAUGCACCGUUCGGGGAAGUCGACUGGACCAAAGACUACGAGUCUCCGUUUGAAGCCGAAACCGGGAAACAAUACUGGGGGAUUCACGAGAACAACCCUUCGCCAAUUAUCAAGUCAAAGUCAGCGAGAAGGUUCUCCCCGUCAGCCGAGCCGGAAAGGAUCUUGGAGCGAAUUAGGUUCGAUCUGGAGACUUCGAAAUACCUCCAGCCCGGGGCUCUCCGAUGCAUCGUCAUUGGAAAAGCCAGAUCUUUCGAUCCUGAAGAUGAUGCACUGCACUAUGUCUUGGUCAUCACUUCAUCCUCGGGCAAGCCCGAGGCGUACGUGCGGGUCGGGGUCGGGGUUUUGCUAAGGAGUCUUAUCUCCUGGGGCUCAGAAGAAUAUGUGGAGGUUCAUUAG